AUGGCUGAGGAGGUGUGCUGUGUCAAGCGCGCCGAGGCGAUACGAGGUAUGCUGGGAUGGUAUUACCGGGACAAUGUCGGCAAUACUUACGGUCCAGUGGAUUCCUUCAGGGUCCUAUACUUCAUCUACGCAAAUUACUUUGAAGAGAAUACACCAUUCGCUCCAGUUAGACGUGGCCGCAUGAUGCAUUCUGGUUUCGACGAUCUUAAGAAGUAUCUACCUAUGCUUGAAGAUGACUUCUUGCAAUAUAGUGAUGUCGUUUUCUCAUGCCGUCACUACAUGGAAGAUCUGUUGGAUGGAACAGGUGAUAUAGUUGAUACUAAAAUCCCAUGUGUGGAGCGUGCUGCCGUAAAAAACUCUUCAAACGAUUCAAUAGGUUUGCGAAAGGUGAUUACGGGCGUAUUAGACGUUCGAUCCACUGAUGCUGGAUUUGAAGCCAAUCAUUACAACACCGACUUCGACGAAACACACUACUUCGGUGACAGUAAGCCACAGUACCCAGUGAUAAGCCGGCGACAAGAUGUAACAUCGGACCUUUUAGCCUCAAAGGAUACUAUACAACCACCACAACUCGACAUCUAUAGUCAUAGUGAUGGUAUGGAUGGCAGUGCCGAAUAUCCUGACAGCGGCGUUGAAACAAGUAGGGUACGGGAAGGACUUCACGCUGAUGUUGCUAUACCUAUGCGUCUAGAGACAGUGGCACUGCCACAUUCCAUGGAUAUGGAUUUUGCAAGUAUCGAGCCGUAUGGCAAUGGAACUUCUACAGCACAUCAGGUGGAUGUGAGUACCUCGGACCCACCCACUCUAGGCAGUCAACCUCAAUAUUACACAGCACAGGCGUGGACAUUGGGCUCUUUAAAUGGUGUUAAAGCGAACGAUAAUGUUAAUCAGAGCACCUUAGGUACCGUAACGCCCCCGCCAUUGGCCAGCUACCUGGGCGAUACACGUUCUGACAGGCACAGCGGAGGAACAUUGAGUGAAGACUCACAUAUAGGAUCUCCAACAGACUCCGGGGAGCUGUCGCAUAUUGCUAUUGCACCGCCGAAGCUGUACGAAUGGAUGGAUACCCGUAACCCUAAAUCCAGAUAUGGAGGCAGCGCUAACGAUGAACGUGAUGGGUAUGGUCGUCCUGGCGUGGAUAAUGUAAACGAUUGGCGGAGAUACCGUUCGCAGGCAGAUGCUGCUGUACGUAACCCAGUUGGUGACACCCAGUAUAAGCAUUCCCGUUCUGACGGUACUGGGACCCUAUUGCAACACAAUCGAGUGGCAUCGGAUAGGUUAGCUGAGAGUAAUUAUCGGGACAACAGGUAUAUGCCUCCUCCUCCCCCUCCGAAGCCUAACCGAGAUGUAUCCGACAUGACGCUUUCCAAUGAUAGUGAUGAGACAUUUUACGGUGCAGAUGGCAUGCGUAUACUUCACCGAUCCAAUCAGCUGAUGCCUGCGCAUCAGAUGCUUAUAAAACAGCGUCUCCAAAACAAUCUGCGUGAAACCGAGGCACAUCUGUCUCGGUUAUCUUCCCGUAAACUGAGUCACAUGCUCAGCAAAUCUCACGGCGAACUAUUCAUGGGAGCCUCGCGAGGUUCCAACUUAUAA